GGCCCCGCCUCCUCUGUAAUUUCCUCCUCCAGGGCAGGGCAGAGCAGCCCAGCCGCAGUGUGUGUGUCCUGUUUGUGUCAACUUGACGAGUCGAGAUGGCAAAUGUGUUGAGAAAUUCCGCCAAAUUCGGGUUUUCAGGUGUGUUGUCCCAGUUGUCCAUCCACAGUAGACAUGGGAGAGAGUGUGUGUCGCCGUGCUUCUCUCUGCAGCAGAGAAACAACUCUACCUCACCUAAGAUCAAGGUGGACCUGGACAACAGUACAGGUGUAGCUGUGUUGAGGAUGCAGAGCCCCCCUGUCAACAGUCUGAGUCUGGACUUCCUCACUGAGUUCUGUAUCAAUCUGGAGAAACUAGAGAUGGAUAAGAGUUGUAGAGGUCUGAUCAUCACCUCGACCCUCUCCAAGGUGUCCUCUACAGGGCUAGACAUCAUAACUCUCCCUGUGUGUGUGUGUGUGUGUGUGUGUUUGGUGUCCCAGACCCUCUCCAAGGUGUUCUCUGCGGGGCUAGACAUCAUGGAGAUGUAUGGUAAAAGUCCGGAGCGCUGUGGAGAGUUCUGGAAGGCUGUUCAGGAGAUGUGGCUCAAACUCUACGGAUCCAACAUGGCCACCAUAGCUGCCAUCAACGGCUCUAGUCCAGCAGGUGGCUGUCUCAUGUCUAUUGGAUGUGACUAUAGGAUCAUGGCUGAUAAUCCUCGCUACAGCAUCGGACUCAACGAGACUCAGCUCGGCAUCGUAGCUCCCUUCUGGUUUAAGGACACGCUGGUGAACACGGUUGGUAACCGGGCAGCAGAGCUGUCGUUGGAGCUGGGUCUGUUGUACAGCGCUCCUGAUGCCCUGAAGAUCGGCCUGGUGGACCAGUUAGUCCCUGAGGACCAGGUCCUCUCCACUGCACAGGACACCAUGUCCAAGUGGCUGGCUGUACCAGACCAUGCCAGACAGAUCACCAAGUCCAUGAUGAGGAAACAGACCAUUGACAAGCUGCUGUCCAACAGGGAAGCUGACAUCACCAACUUUGUGAGCUUCAUCACUAAAGACUCCAUCCAGAGGUCCCUGCGCAUGUACCUGGAGAUGCUCAAGAGUAGAAAGGCCUAGUCUGAGGCCCGAACGGCUCCCCCAUUCCCUACAUAGUGCACUACCCCUAUAGGUAGGCCUAGUCUGGGGCCCGAACGGCUCCCCCAUUCCCUACAUAGUGCACUACCCCUAUAGGUAGGCCUAGUCUGAGGCCCGAACGGCUCCCCCAUUUCCUGUAUAGUGCACUACUCCUAUAGGUAGGCCUAGUCUGAGGCCCGAACGGCUCCCCCAUUCCCUACAUAGUGCACUACCCCUAUAGGUAGGCCUAGUCUGAAGCCCGAACGGCUCCCCCAUUCCCUACAUAGUGCACUACCCCUAUAGGUAGGCCUAGUCUGAGGCCCGAACGGCUCCCCCAUUCCCUACAUAGUGCACUACCCCUAUAGGUAGGCCUAGUCUGAGGCCCGAACGGCUCCCCCAUUCCCUACAUAGUGCACUACCCCUAUAGGUAGGCCUAGUCUGGGGCCCGAACGGCUCCCCCAUUCCCUACAUAGUGCACUACCCCUAUAGGUAGGCCUAGUCUGAGGCCCGAGCGACUCCCCCAUUUCCUGUAUAGUGCACUACUCUUAUAGGUAGGCCUAGUCUGAGGCCCGAACGGCUCCCCCAUUCCCUAUAUAUAUUAGGGCAUUUUGUCAGCUGUAUUUCAUUCUAUUUCUGUCUGCAACCUUCAUGAAACGACACGGGGUGUGUUUAUUAGUGCAGACCGUAGCGAAACGUAGUGCAACAGAAAACGAAAACAACCGUUUUGUUAUUGGACAAAAUCAGGUAGUUCACUCCCCGUUCUGGCUCGUUUGGAUCCUAAUGAACACACCCCCGGCCUUAUUUCCCCCUGCCACAAUGUUUGACUGUUUGGACUGAAACAACGAGCGCUGUUACCAUGUAGGUGAUUGUACAGGAAGUCAUCUUGCCUUUGUCUCUGAACAUAAUGUUUGGACUGAAACAACGAGCGCUGUUACCAUGUAGGUGAUUGUACAGGAAGUCAUCUUGCCUUUGUCUCUGAACAUAAUGUUUGGACUGAAACAACGAACACUGUUACCAUGUAGGUGAUUGUACAGGAAGUCAUCUUGCCUUUGUCUGUGAACAUAAUGUUUGGACUGAAACAACGAACACUGUUACCAUGUAGGUGAUUGUACAGGAAGUCAUCUUGCCUUUGUCUCUGAACAUAAUGUUUGUGAUCUUUUCCUGUACUGUUGGUUUGCAAGUAAACAUCUGUAAAAUACCUUC